AUGUAUGUGCAUUACCUGCAUCUGCAACGAGAGGAGAAGCACGAGGAACUUUUGGAGGAUUUGAGAAGUAGAAGAGGAGUCUUGCAUGAUAGCUCCAAAAGAUGCGUUUUUGUGGAUUUGGGAGCGGGUAGAGCAGAUACGUUACGUGUGUUUUUGAGAGAAAGGGAUGCAAAGUUUAGUUAUGACUAUCCUAUACCGUAUUGGGCACAUUACACGACAUGUGAAAUUUACUUGUUUGAAGCGAAUCCGAGAUUCACGGCAGACUUGCGUCGGGCUGAAUCUCUGUACAGGUCGAGAGGUUUUAACGUGACGGUGUUUCCAGAACAUGCUUGUACGGAUUAUGAUGGUAUCGCGACACUGUAUCUGGAUGAGAAAAACAAGGAUAACGAUUACUGGCUCACAUCAUGCCACAACAAGGCUACAUCACUAUACUCGCAAGGCCGCCCUAUUAACGUCACGGCUAUUGACAUUGCUUCAUGGCUAGCUGCUUCUUUCAAACCAGAGGAUUACGUCCUUGUGAAAAUGGACAUUGAGAAGGCAGAGUUUUUCGUGUUGCCCAGGAUGGUAGAGGUGCAUGCAGACACAGUGGUGGACACGCUGAUGGUUGAACUGCAUCCUUAUGACUUUGCAGACGAACAGAUAGCUAAAGGAUGGAAGGCUAUCGAAGAGCUUAGCAAAACUAUAUUAAUUCCGUACUAUGAUUCAUUUGCAUGA